UCAGUUAUCCGGAGCCAAACUCACACCCCUUACCGUGUGGUACGUUUUCUCUCCCCUUCCGAACCCCUCGCGUCCUGACCUUCGCUUCCAAGUUCUUCCAACGCGGCGGAUCUACCUUCAACUGCCGCUGUGCCGCCUUAGCGUCACCGCCGGCGCGUCGAUCCGGCCCCCUCCUGCCGCCACUCGGGGACGCGCUUCUCCGCCGCCACCGCCGUUCCCCUUCUUCCUCGCCCCCGGGAGAUCCUGGCCAUCGGGUCUCCUUCCUUCCUCCGAGGAUCAAAGUUCAGGUUGGCGCCGACAUGUCGUCGAAGAAGAUAGAGCUAGACCACAAGGACAUGGUUCAUGAUUCUGCCAUUGACUACUAUGGGAAGCGCCUUGCCACAGCCUCCUCUGACUCCACUGUGAAGAUCACCAGCAUUGGAGGUGCAUCUGCCCCGUCCCAGCUUGUUGCGACCCUCACUGGCCACUAUGGUCCUGUGUGGCGUGUCGGAUGGGCCCAUCCCAAGUAUGGUUCCAUUCUCGCAUCCUGCGGCUAUGAUGGCCGUGUGAUAGUCUGGAAGGAGGCUGCCACUGGGCAAUGGUCUCAGCUCCAUGUGUUUGACAACCACAAGGCCUCAGUUAACUCCAUUGCUUGGGCUCCAUAUGAACUUGGCCUUUGCCUUGCCUGUGGGUCUUCUGACGGCACCAUCUCUGUCAUCUCCAUGCGGCCUGAUACAGGAGGAUGUGACGCUGCAACCAUUGAGCGGGCGCACCCUGUUGGCGUGACAGCAGUCUCCUGGGCUCCAGCAGCAGCACUCGGGUCCAUGGUUGGCUCAGAUCAGCUCGUCCACAAGAUCGUGUCUGGUGGCUUUGACUGUGUCGUCAAGGUGUGGGAGUUUGUCAAUGGUGGCUGGAAGCUGGAGAGCGCUCUGGUCUCCGACAUGCACAAAGAGUGUGUGAGAGAUGUAUCAUGGGCACCGGUCCUGGGCCUGGCAAAGUCCACCAUCGCCAGCGCGUCCCAAGACGGCAAGGUUGUCAUCUGGACCAGUGGCAAAGGAGGAGGCAAGUGGGAAGGAAAGCUCAUGCGUGACUUCGAGGCUCCGGUGUGGAGGGUGUCCUGGUCCCUGACGGGAAACAUCCUGUCCGUGGCUGCCGGCGAGGGCGACAUAACUCUGUGGAAGGAGUCGUCAGACGGGCAGUGGGAGUCGCUGUGGACCAAGGCCUCAGAGGAGCCGCCGCAGGAGGAGCAGGCGAUCGAGGAGGCCAUGCAGUAGGAGGGGAGUCUGCGCCACAUCUCCCGUGUCGAUUUCGGACCGUGAUUCGUGUUUCUAGCGCCAACGCCAUGACUUGCUUUCACCUGAUACUCUUAGAGAUACUCGUUGCCAUCUUUUUUGCCGUUUGUUUCUACAUGGACAAUGUCUGAUUGCACUUUUAAGUUUUAUACUGGUCAUGUACUCUUUGUGCACACCGUCAGAAUGUAUCGGCUGUUUGAACUGUUUA